GCACUAUAGGGGAAGCUCUUGCUCUCUCACCGUCACCGACCUUUAUAAUUAGACUAUAUAUAGAGAGAGAGCAUGAAGUAGGCAAGAAGGAGAACACAAACCAAGCAUGGGAAACUGUUUAUUCGGAGGGUUAGGCGACGAGGAAGACUUAUUGACCAAAGUCAUAAAAUCAGACGGUGAAGUUCUUGAAUUCUACUGCCCCGUCACGGCGGGCUCCGUCUCCCACGAAUUCGCAGACCAUGCUCUUUUCUCGGCCCUUGAUCUCCUCUGGAAACCCCUGCCUAACCACCACCUCCUUGUCCCCGGUCAGUCUUACUAUCUCUUUCCCAAAAUUGCCUCCGAGGAGUUGAAGACUUUUGUGGGCAGCUGCCACGUGAGAUCCAACAGCGAGUCCUUUUCAGCGACGAUGACUCCUUACAGAAUGUCUCUAGAUUAUAACCACAGGGUGUUGAAGAGAUCAUGCACGGACGUCUUUUCAAGAAACAACUACACAAGGACCCGACAGAAGGAGAAGAGGACGAGGAGGAGGCGUACGAGCAGCAAAAGUGGAAUAUGGAAAGUGAAGCUGGUCAUAAACACUGAAGAGCUGUUACAGAUACUGUCUGAGGAUGGUAGAAUAAAUGAGCUAAUAGAGAGUGUGAGAGUCGUGGCCAAGGGUGAAAACGGCGUCACAUCGAGCAUCACAAGUGGUUCGUCUGAGAAUGUCUUGUCGGUGGUACAUACCUUAGAUUUUGAUUAAUUCCCUAUAUCUGAAUUCGUGGCAAACGAUAGAACUAAUGAAGUCUGUUAUCUUGCUCCAGUCGAUUGCGUCAUUUAGAAACUAUAGCUUCUUCUUCUUCUUUUUUAUUCCAAAGACUCCAUAUAUAUUUUAUAUAAGUACUACGUGAGAAACUAAUUGUUCCAAGUUAAUUAAGAUGCUCGAAGACAUAUUAUAUUCGA